GCAGGGACCUCAAGCCCUCACUCCCUCGCACCGAUCUUCCCAGUGCGCAACCUUUAGGAACUCUCACCCACUCGUUCACUCCGGUCGAAAGCCAUGCUGGCCUUGGCACUGCUGUCGUUCUGCGCCGCCGGGUGGGCGGCCGCCGCGCCCCGCGACGAGGAUCUGCGCGCCAGCGUCGUCUUCAACCAGCUGGCGAUCGCCCAGGUGCUCGACAACCUCAGCAACAUCUCUCAGGGCGACGCCGCAGUGACGACGCAGCUGGCGCAGUUAUCCCAGAGCCAGAAGGCGCAGAUGCAGCAGACGAAUGACGGCCUCGCUCGAGUGACAUCCAGCUUAGAAAUCCUUUCCCAGGCUCUGACGUCACACCUGCAGCAGGAUGACGUCAUCAACCGAGGUACUUUCAGGCCAAGCGAGAUUGUGGAAAGAGUGAAAGCACAAGAGAACGAAAUGCAACAACUGUUGCAAAGGAUAAACCAAACUGCAGCCGUCAUUCAACAGCUUGAAGAACAAAGUCUGCAACUUCAGAAUGAGGUCGACCUUAGACGUCAUGAGGUCAAGCAAAAGGAGGACUUGACUGGGCAGCUGAAGGCCAGCAUUCGGAGAGUGAAGGAUGAGAACCUGCAGAUUUUGGCCAAAAGCAACGAGGCAGAAGGAGGGGCCUCCCUUCAGACAAAAGCACAGGCACUGAAGGACGAGCUGGCGGGGGAGAAAGCACUGCACACUCAGAAACAGGCAACCAAGACCCAGUUAGAGCAACAGGUCGCACAGUUAGAAAGCGCCAGCAGUGUAAUCCGACAGGAAUUGGCUCAGCUGGACCAGGAUAUCGAGCAGCUUCAGCAGCGAAAGACCUCGGCCGAAGGAGAGAAAAAGGCUCAGCUGGAAAAGAACACCAACUUAAGGGAAGCCAAAGAGGAAGCACUGGCAGCAAAGACCAGGAUCCAGACAGUGACUGAUCAGCUCACUGGCAGGAUCCGCAGUGUAGAAGCUGAAAAUAAAGUGUUGGAGCAACAAAAGAAAAAUAAGGAAGAUGCGCUUGGUGCUCUUCGAGCGUCACUGGCAUCUCUGAACACCCAGAAAAAAGAAGCAGACGGAAGACUGUCAGAUGUUAUGGGUGAACUGGAACACGAGUGUUACUAUUAGUUAGCAGUUGGGAUCAAGGAAUAUCGUGUGUGUAAACCAGGUGCCACAAUUUGUUCAUGGAGGUGACAGCGAAGUGAUAUGGAUUAUAUAAGGGCUAAGGAACGGAUAGGUAUCGUAGGAGCAAAAUUUCACUGGGCUGGCAUUGAAGUGGCUGUGAAAUGCAAAGGUCUGGAUAUUGAUUAUGGAAGAAGUUUAUUAAGGGAUGAAAGUAUUGGAUAUGUAGACAGUAAAAAACCUCUAUGACCAAUUUUAUCGUAUACAUUUGAUAUGGUGAUCACUGUACUUUCAUAUGGACUCUGUUAUUCAGAGCGAUGCUAUAUUUUUCAGGAUUAAUUCAUAGGGUUGAUAUCUUACGCAAUGCCGUUUGCUUUCCCUUGUUGAUGUGCCCAAGCCUAUCAUUUUCAAACUCGAUAGGGCGCAAAAAAGUAACGAAACUGGUGAGUUCAUUCUUCAAACGGAAAGGCCAAAUCAUUAGUGAUACACAUUUAUAGAUGUCUGAACAAUUUUCUCCUCUCAACAGAAUUCCGUAUUUGUACAAACAUCAGCGAAGCUUUGCAGACAAGGAUCGGACUCAAC